AUGAACGUUUUCAUCCACUAUCACACACUCGAUUUACGAUUACAUGAUUCACCUUCGAUAUCAAUUUCACAUUCACCUAAUAAUCCUUCUACCCAUUUCUUACCCAUCUACAUAAUAGAUCCACGUCAAUUCGAUUCAACUCAUUUCGACAACUCCACUUCCUCACCAUCAAACCAUGCUUCCAACCUUGCUGCUCACCAGACUAGUGAAGGUGUGAACAACCAAAUUGGCCCUAAUAAAACUAGGAAUUCACCUGUAUCCAGAGUAGGUGGAUUUCAUCGUACAUCACCUUACAGGCUCAAAUUCCUAUUAGAAGCAGUGUUCGAUCUCAAGAGGAAUUACAAGAAAUCAGGUGGGGAUCUGUUAAUAGCUUAUGGUAAACCUGAAAUUAUAUUGAGUAAAUUAGUGCGACAAUUGAAAGAACAAAAUGAUAUACAAGGGAUAUGGUGUCAAAGAGAAUAUACAUUAGAAGAGAUAUCGAACUAUAGAAGAAUCACUAAUUCUCUCCAAAAGAUCGAUACGGAUAUCAACUUGAAUUACAAUGAUAGUAAAACAUUAAUACCACCAAAAGCUCUACCUUUUAAACCUGAGAUGGAUACGCCUGACGUUUAUACUGAAUUCAGAAAACAAGUUGAAGGAUUAGGUAUUGGAUUGAAAGAUGGAAUGUUAUUUGAACCACUCCAAACAGCUAAUAUCGUGAAUGGAGAUAUGAUAGUUGAACGAUUAAAACCAUUCCCCGAUAUCAACCUUGAGGGUAUCAAAUUGGAUCCAGGACAAGGUGGAUUUUUGAAAGAUGAAUCGAUUGAAAAUGUAUAUGAACAAUUGGUUAAACCAUUAUUAGAUUCACCUCCUAUCGGAGGAUGGCCAUCUCCUGCUUCAUCAACAGGGCUACCUAAACAUCAUGAGAAAUCGGCAAUACCAUUUGGUGGAUCUGAAUUAUCGGCUUUGAACAGAUUGGAUGAUUAUAUUGGGAAUCAAGGUGAUAGGUGGAUAGGAGGUGAAAAAGCUAAACAUUAUAAAGAAACUAGAAAUGGUUUGCUAGGUGAAGCUUUCAGUACAAAAUUCUCUUCUUGGUUAAGUAUAGGUUCAUUGAGUCCUAAGAUUAUAGGAUGGAGAGUCGGUCAAUUGUUAGAGAAAGAAGGGAGGGAUAAGAAUAUUUGGGGCAACGUAUAUUGGAUCCUGUUCGAACUGCUUUGGAGAGACUAUUUCCAAUAUACAGUACUCAAAACGUCCUUGUCAAAUACCACAUCACAUAAAACCCGAGAUUUUCUGUCCCCAAAUUCAACUCUAUUCAACCCAGAUGGAUUCUCAUCCCAGAUAUCAACUUACCCAAAAGACCAAAGACCUGAUCCAUCCCAAUGGAAUCAAGCGAAUCUGGAUGAUCCGAAUGACGCUACUAGGAGAUGGUGCGAAGGAAGAACAGGCGUACCAUUUAUAGAUGCUAAUAUGAGAGAGUUGAGGGAAACCGGUUGGAUGAGUAAUAGAGGUAGACAGAAUGUCGCUAGUUUCUUGACCAAAGAUUUAUACUGCGACUGGAGAAUCGGUGCUGAAUUCUUUGAAAUGCAUUUGGUCGAUUACGAUACUUGUUCAAACUGGGGGAAUUGGCAGUACCAAGCGGGAGUAGGGAACGAUCCACGUUCAUCUAGACAAUUCAACCCUAUCAAGCAAUCAAGAGAUUACGAUAAAGACAAUACAUUUGUCAGAACUUGGAUACCAGAAUUGAAAGAUGUUGAUGACGAACAUGUCCAGACCCCAUGGUUAAUCAAAGACACAUCAAAAUUCAGUGGCUAUCCAUCACCUAUAGUCGAGUCACCUUCAUGGAAGAAACAUUAUCCAGGUGCAGUCGGUAACAGACAUGGUAAAAGGAACAACAGAGGUAAAGCGAAAGGUAAUGGAAAAGGACCAGGUGGUGGAAAGAAGAAUGAGUAG